UUCUUACUCUCCUCUCUCUCCUUCCUUCUUCCGCCUAUAGCCAUUACUCAACUUCUCCUCUUCCUUCAUCUCCUCCCAAUGUCGAUUCUGUCCAACUUCUGUUUCUCCUCUUCUUUCUCAAUUCCGAUUCUGAAUCCACUUCUCCUUAAUUUCGAUUCCCUCCAACUUCUCCUCAUCUUCUUCCGUAUCCUCUUAAUUCCGAUUCUUUUGAGAUCCAGCUACUCCAGUCUCCAGAGGAAUCGCGGUUCUGAAGAAAGAAAAGAGUUCGUCUACUUCGUUCGAUCAUUCUUCCCUGACGAUUUUCAAAAGGGAUUUAGUCGUGGUAUCUGCACUUGCGAAAAAUCAUCAUUCCAACCCCUGAAAUCCAUUGGCUCUUUAUCGCCUCCUCCGUCGUGCCUCAUGCCACGUCCUGGAGGCAGAGCUCCACGCUCCGUCACCUUGAUUACCGACGACGAAAUUGGCUCUAUCGUCACCGGCGGCGUUGAGCAAAUCAUGGAGGCGAAGCAUGCUCCUGUCUACUUCGAGCGCUACGAAGUCCACGCGAAAGCGCAGCUGCGAUUUUGAAAGCACGGACCUCGCGUAAUCUACAAACGUGAGGAACGGAUCUUCUUCCCAAUCUUCUCCAAUCCUAGCCAUGGUGUCCAAUACCUCACCACCGCCGCUCUCGAAUUCUGUCACCAUCGCAGCAACCUCGAUGCCUUGAUCUUUGCAGCUUCACCACAGCCACCAGAACCACCACCAACACUGUAGGGGCCCAGAAUAACGCCUCCCUGGAAGGAAUUUCUCCUUUCGUCUCCCUGAUUUCUCUCUUUUCUAAGCUAGGUUUUUGGAAUAUCUUGUUGCAGGGGGCAAAAUUGAGUUCGACUAAAUUGGAGAGACUUGAAUUUUCAACUCUGCUUUCUCCAAGAGAAACACGCCUAAGAUCCCACUUAAGUGUCAUGAAUUGGGGACUUCUAUGGCUACAGUUACUGGAUUGCCACGCUUCCUAAGCUUUAAUGAUUGUCUCGCAAGUGAUGGUGCUUGGGUAGGUAAAUGGUCCACUGCCUUGCUCUUCCUUCUCC